GUAUAGGCAGAGACAAAAAGAGUGAUACAAAGUUUAUUCAAAGGGCAUGAAGGGCCCUGAUCAGCAAGAACUGAGCCUUGAGAGGUGUGGAGGAGAAAUUCCUGAAGGAUUCUGAGGAUGCGCUGGGCACUGGAACUCUUCCACUCCGUUACGGUCAGCAGCGGAAAGUGUUUAAGCAGGGAAGUGACGAGUUCACAACUGUAUAUGAAGUCAGUGUCUAUGGUGUUGGUGAGAACAGGAAGUCAGGGUGACCAGGAGCUAGAGGAGCUGAGAGAUGAAGCGUUCAGCUCUGGCCAGGCAGGAGGAAUAAAGGAAAGGAGAAGCCCUCGGCAGGAAAAUCCAGAGCGUUUUCUGACUCAACGCGUGGGAAAACGGAAGAGGGAAGGACCAAACCAACUUCUAAAUCCAGACCGAUGAGUGACAAAUGGUCACUCAGAAAACGUGGGGUGUCGCUAGGCAGCGGGGAGGGUACAGAAGAAGAAACAGUGCGUGGGAGCAAGUUACAUGGAAAUACCUGUGGGACUUUGAAUUGACUUUUAUGGACAAGUAGGAUAAUGGCUGCCCAGAUUUGGUUCAAAAUCAUGGCUGGAUCUGCUAGAUGGGUGAAUCAAAUGAAGACAUAGACCAGAUGUUUAGCACUUUGCUGGGGGAAAUGGAUCUCUUGACCCAGAGUUUAGGAGUGGACACUCUUCCUCCUCCAGACCCCAAGCCACCCCGAGAAGAAUUUAACUACAGUGUGGGAUUUAAGGAUUUAAAUGAGUCCUUAAAUGCACUGGAGGACCAAGAUUUAGAUGCUCUCAUGGCAGAUUUGGUAGCAGAUAUAAGUGAAGCCGAGCAGAGAACCAUCCAGGCUCAGAAAGAGUCCUCUCAGAAUCAGCAUCACUCAGCACUUUCGGGGGCAUCAGACGGCCAGGGUGCAGCCUCGCUUGGUUAUGGAGCAAGUGCUGCUGCAGCUGGUAUUAGCCACUAUGAGGAUGCUCUACCACCUCCACCGGCAGAACCCAUGUUAGACCUCCCACCGCCCCCACCUCCUCCUGAACCUCUCUCUAAAGAAGAAGAAGAAGCCCUAGCAAAGGCUGAUAAAAUCAAAUUAGCACUGGAAAAACUGAAGGAAGCCAAGGUUAAGAAGCUCGUGGUUAAGGUGCAUAUGGACGAUAACAGCACCAAGUCGCUGAUGGUGGAUGAGCGACAAUUGGCUAGGGAUGUUCUGGACAACCUUUUUGAAAAAACCCAUUGUGACUGCAAUGUGGACUGGUGUCUUUAUGAAAUAUAUCCCGAAUUGCAAAUUGAGAGAAUAUUUGAAGACCAUGAAAACGUUGUUGAAGUCUUAUCAGACUGGACAAGAGACACAGAAAACAAAGUACUGUUUUUGCAGAAAGAGGAAAAAUAUGCUGUGUUUAAAAAUCCUCAGAAUUUCUACUUGGAUAACAAGGGGAAAAAAGAAAACAAGGAAACCAGUGAGAAAAUGAAUGCUAAAAACAAAGAGUCCUUACUUGAGGAAAGUUUCUGUGGCACAUCCAUCAUCGUACCAGAACUUGAAGGAGCUCUUUAUUUGAAAGAAGAUGGGAAGAAAUCUUGGAAACGGCGCUACUUUCUUCUGAGAGCUUCUGGAAUUUACUACGUUCCCAAAGGAAAGACAAAGACAUCCCGAGAUCUGGCGUGUUUUAUACAGUUUGAAAAUGUUAACAUUUACUAUGGGAUUCAGUAUAAAAUGAAAUACAAAGCACCCACUGACCACUGCUUCGUUCUAAAGCAUCCUCAAAUCCAGAAGGAAUCUCAGUAUAUCAAAUAUCUCUGCUGUGAUGAUGCAAGAACUCUCGGACAGUGGAUUAUGGGAAUAAGGAUCGCCAAGUAUGGGAAGACCCUCUAUGAUAACUAUCAGCGGGCUGUAGCAAGAGCUGGACUCGCCUCUCGGUGGACGAACCUGGGGACUGCUGGCGCAGCAAUGCCAGCGCAGGCUACCACAGGACUUAAAACAGGCACCAGCCAGCCCAAUGGUCAGAUUCCCCAAGCUGCACCUUCUGCUGGUGCUGCUGUUCUCCAAGAGGCCCGGACACAGGUUGACACAACUAAGGAGGAGAAGCAAGGCUUGGGCAACCACUACCCAGGAGCAACCAGGGAGAAUCAUCGCCUCAAGUCCAGCCUGCCACCGCCCCCUCCAGUAAGACGAUCUUCUGACACCUGUGGCAGCCCCGCCCUACCUCCCAAGUCCAAAGGCCCUGGCAGCUGCACCUUCCCCACCCAGCCUGAGGACUUCCUGCCACCACCGCCCCCGCCGCCACCCCUGGAGGAAGAUUGCAACAGCGAGCUACCUCCACCACCUCCGGCCUUCCUGGAGGAGCCACCGGACUUCGUGCCGCCUCCCCCACCGGCUGCGGCUGUGGAAGGCUCUGCAUUGCCACCACCGCCACCACCCCCGCCCUGCCUCUCCCAGGAGACAACCAAGUCAUCUCCAAUGCCCCCCAAAAGGCCCCCAGUGCCCCCCAAGAGGAACGAGAACCAAGGACUCCCCGGUGCAGCCGGGAGCGGCGGCGAGCAAGAUUUCAUGUCAGACCUCAUGAAAGCUUUGCAAAAGAAAAGAGGCAACGCGCCCUAGGGAGAUCUGCUAGUGUCUGGGAUCGUUUCUAAUUCCAUCCAUGUUUUGUACUCCAUUGUCGUGGCAUCUUGUCCAUUUUAGUAAAAUGUUUUCCGACUAGAGAGCAUGUGAAACUCUUCACUGCUGUAAAUACUGUGCUCAUCCAUUAAGGUAGCAGAGGGUUUCCGACUAACUACAUACAUCCGAGCACACACAUGUACAUCCUGUGUGUUUUCACCUGAGUCGAUUUCAUCUUGCAGCCCAGGCUCACUGAAAUGAUAUUCCAGGUCCAUUUUAUUGUAUUCAGAAGGCUCAAAUUUUUAAAAUUAAAGUUUGUCUGAAAAGAGUA